UCCCCCCUUUGUGUCUGGUCUGCUCGGAGCCUCUGGAAGUGCUUCCCGGAGGGGCGCGGGGUGUCUCGCCGCCUCGCUGCCCACCCCCCUCCCUAGCCACCUACAUCCGCCCUCCCGCCGCCCCCCGCCCUCGGCCCGCGACACCCGAGCUCCGCCCGGAGCCUAGAGCUGCGGGAAAAGGAGGCGGCGGCGGCGGCGGCGGCGGCUUCCUCUGGGGAGGGGGUUGUGAUUCGCUCACAGGAGCCCUUGAAGGGAGAAGACGAAGCUUUUACGGUGGAAUUUACCUCAGGCAAGAUGGAGCGGCAGCAAUAAAAAAGAAAGAGCGAGGAGCGCACCCGGGAGAGCUAGAAAGGGCAGCCUGCCGACCCCUCCCCUCCCCCGCUUCCCACCGCCCCUCAGCCCUCCGGCCGGGACCUGCCCAACCCUCGCAGGAUUGUUCCGCGAAGGCGUGAAGGCGGUGGGUUUGUCCAUGGAGGCAGGCACCUUUUUCGAUCCAGUCGAGGAGGAGGAUUUGCUGUGCUCAAGAUCGGAGUAAGGGAAGCACCGAAGCGAAACUUAAAAGGAUUCUUGCCCUCCCGGAGCACAGGCGAUGCGCCUCGGGUUGCCGGGAGCCGCCGCCGGCCGUCCCUUCCCGGCAGUCGGGAACUUGUUCUGAUCCUCGGCGCCCCUCGAAUGCCCGCUGCCCACCCUUCGGCACCCUGGAUAUGUUUUCUCCCAGACCUGGAUAUUUCUUCGAUAUCGUGAAACUACGGGGGAAAUAACUGCGGGGCUUUUUUUUUUUCUCGUCUCCGUGUUUCUCCCCACGGACAUGCCUUCAGUUUGGGGCGCCAAGGCACCCAGUCCUGGGCGAAUGAACACCCCCAGCCGCGAGGGAGAGAAAUGAAGGGAAUUUGUGCAGCGGAAUGAAAACUCUACCGCUCGGUCCUCUCAUCUGCCAUUUGUCCUUUCAAACUGCAUUGUAAUACGGGCCGGAGAAGUCCGACGAGAGCGAGGACUAGCCUCCCGGCCGCGUUUCUCCGCCCGUAUUCACUUUCCGUCUUUCUUUUUCCCUGCUCUCCUCGGCUGACCUAGGGAUGACUUCGUCGCCGCGGCGGCCCCGGCGGGUGCCCUCGCUGCUGUGGACCGUCCUGCUGGUCAGCGCUGCGGCCGCUUCUCAGAAUCAAGAACGUCUCUGUGCAUUUAAAGAUCCAUAUCAACAAGACCUUGGGAUAGGUGAAAGUAGAAUCUCUCAUGAAAACGGAACAAUAUUAUGCUCAAAAGGUAGCACCUGCUAUGGCCUUUGGGAGAAAUCAAAAGGGGACAUCAAUCUGGUAAAACAAGGAUGUUGGUCUCACAUUGGUGAUCCCCAGGAGUGUCACUAUGAAGAAUGUGUAGUAACUACCACCCCACCCUCAAUUCAGAAUGGAACAUACCGGUUCUGCUGCUGUAGCACAGACUUGUGUAAUGUCAACUUUACUGAGAAUUUUCCACCUCCAGACACAACACCACUCAGUCCACCUCAUUCUUUUAACCGAGAUGAGACAAUAAUCAUUGCAUUGGCAUCAGUCUCUGUAUUAGCUGUUUUGAUAGUUGCCUUAUGCUUUGGAUAUAGGAUGCUGACAGGAGACCGCAAACAAGGUCUUCACAGUAUGAAUAUGAUGGAGGCAGCAGCGUCAGAGCCCUCUCUUGACCUAGAUAAUCUGAAACUGCUGGAGCUGAUUGGCCGGGGUCGAUAUGGAGCUGUAUAUAAAGGUUCCUUAGAUGAACGUCCAGUUGCUGUAAAAGUGUUUUCCUUUGCAAACCGUCAGAAUUUUAUCAAUGAGAAGAACAUUUACAGAGUGCCUUUGAUGGAACAUGACAACAUUGCUCGCUUUAUAGUUGGAGAUGAGAGAGUCACUGCAGAUGGACGCAUGGAGUAUUUGCUUGUGAUGGAGUAUUAUCCCAAUGGAUCUCUGUGCAAGUAUUUAAGUCUCCAUACAAGUGACUGGGUAAGCUCUUGCCGUCUGGCUCAUUCUGUGACUAGAGGAUUGGCUUAUCUUCAUACUGAAUUACCGCGGGGAGAUCAUUAUAAACCUGCAAUUUCCCAUCGAGAUUUGAACAGCAGAAAUGUUCUGGUGAAAAAUGAUGGAACCUGUGUUAUUAGUGACUUUGGGUUGUCCAUGAAGCUGACUGGAAAUAGACUGGUGCGCCCAGGGGAGGAAGAUAAUGCAGCCAUUAGUGAGGUUGGCACAAUCAGAUACAUGGCACCAGAAGUUCUGGAAGGAGCUGUGAACCUUAGGGACUGUGAAUCAGCUUUGAAACAAGUAGAUAUGUAUGCACUUGGACUAAUUUAUUGGGAGAUAUUUAUGAGAUGUACAGACCUCUUUCCAGGUGAAUCUGUACCAGAAUACCAGAUGGCUUUUCAAACAGAGGUUGGAAAUCAUCCCACUUUUGAAGAUAUGCAGGUUCUGGUGUCUAGGGAAAAACAGAGACCCAAGUUCCCAGAAGCUUGGAAAGAAAAUAGCCUGGCAGUGAGAUCACUCAAGGAGACAAUCGAAGACUGUUGGGACCAGGAUGCAGAGGCUCGGCUUACUGCGCAGUGUGCUGAAGAGAGGAUGGCUGAACUUAUGAUGAUAUGGGAAAGAAACAAGUCUGUGAGCCCAACAGUCAAUCCAAUGUCUACUGCUAUGCAGAAUGAGCGCAACCUGUCACACAAUAGGCGUGUGCCAAAGAUUGGCCCUUAUCCAGAUUAUUCUUCUUCCUCAUACAUUGAAGAUUCUAUCCAUCACACUGACAGCAUUGUGAAGAACAUUUCCUCUGAGCAUUCGAUGUCCAGCACACCUUUGACUAUAGGGGAAAAGAACCGAAACUCAAUUAACUAUGAACGGCAGCAAGCACAAGCUCGAAUCCCCAGCCCUGAAACAAGCGUCACCAGCUUGUCUACCAACACCACAACCACAAAUACCACUGGCCUCACUCCAAGUACCGGCAUGACCACUAUAUCCGAGGUGCCAUACCCAGAUGAAACAAGUCUGCAUGCCACCAAUGUUUCACAGCCAGUCGGGCCAACCCCUGUCUGCUUACAACUGACCGAAGAAGACUUGGAGACCAACAAGCUGGACCCAAAAGAAGUUGAUAAAAACCUCAAGGAAAGUUCUGAUGAGAAUCUCAUGGAGCAUUCUCUUAAACAAUUCAGUGGGCCAGACCCACUGAGCAGUACCAGUUCUAGCUUGCUUUACCCACUUAUAAAGCUUGCAGUUGAAGUGACUGGGCAGCAGGACUUCACACAGGCUGCAAAUGGCCAAGCAUGUUUAAUUCCUGAUGUCCCACCCACUCAGAUCUAUCCUCUCCCCAAGCAACAGAACCUUCCUAAGAGACCUACUAGUUUGCCUUUAAACACCAAAAAUUCGACAAAGGAGCCCAGGCUGAAAUUUGGCAGCAAGCACAAAUCAAACUUGAAACAAGUAGAAACUGGAGUUGCCAAGAUGAAUACAAUCAAUGCGGCAGAACCUCAUAUAGUGACAGUCACUAUGAAUGGUGUGGCAGGUAGAAACCACAGCGUUAAUUCCCAUACUGCCACUACUCAGUAUGCCAAUGGGGUAGUACCAUCUGGCCAGACAGCUAACACAGUGGCACACAGAGCCCAAGAAAUGCUGCAGAAUCAAUUUAUUGGUGAGGACACUCGGCUGAACAUUAAUUCCAGUCCUGAUGAGCAUGAACCUUUACUGAGACGAGAGCAGCAGGCUGGCCAUGAUGAAGGUGUUCUGGAUCGUCUUGUGGACAGGAGAGAACGGCCCCUAGAAGGCGGGCGAACUAAUUCCAACAACAACAACAGCAAUCCAUGUUCUGAGCAAGAAGUUCCCACACAGGGUGUUCCAAGCACAGUAGCAGACCCCGGACCAUCAAAGCCUAGAAGAGCACAGAGGCCUAAUUCUCUGGAUCUUUCAGCCACCAAUGUCCUUGAUGGCAGCAGUUUGCAGUUAGGUGACUCAACACAAGAUGGCAAAUCAGGAUCUGGUGAAAAGAUCAAGAAACGAGUGAAAACUCCCUAUUCUCUUAAGCGGUGGCGCCCCUCCACCUGGGUCAUUUCCACUGAACCACUGGACUGUGAGGUCAACAACAAUGGCAAAGACAGGGCAGUGCAUUCCAAAUCCAGCACCACUGUUUACCUUGCAGACGGAGGCACCGCCACGACGAUGGUGUCUAAAGAUAUAGGGAUGAACUGUCUGUGAAAUGUUUUCAGACCUAUGGAGUGAAAUUAUUUUUUGCAUCAUUUAAAUGUGCAGAAGACAUUAAAAGAAAAAACUGCUUUAUCCUCCUGUCAGUACCCCCUCCUACCCCUGCAAC